CAGCGCCCAUCCAUCAUGGGCGCACUCAAACGCACACUAACGCAAACAUUCUUCGGUUGUUCCCGGCCACAUACGAGGAUCAGGUAGUCAACACAACCUUGAGAAGAACCAUCCUAGACUCCGCUUCAGCUCGCUGCCCCAAAUCGCCCUACGCCCCCUUGUCUUACACCUAGUACCAGUAUCACGGUCUGUGUGCAGACCAGCCCGCGAUACCAAACACACCAGGGGAAAGCGCUAUAACGGGCUCAGGCUUUGGCCAUGGAGUAUCUGGUACCCCGAUGCGGAACAUAUCUCACAAUCCAGCUUGACCCCGUAAGGAUGGUCGAACCGCUCAAGAAUCCUGCUCUGGUAACGGCUGCACAGGAAAUGCAUCCCGCAAAAUACGUGGCACUUGUAACUCAGAUCGACGAACUGCCUCUUCCGCGCAAAGCUGAUCAUAAGUGCUAUCUUGCACUUGUGGGCCAAGGGCUAUGCCGACCUGAUGAAGAUACCUGCAUCGAAUCGUCGAUGUGCGUCCCCAUAUUCCCGGCCACAGAGCAUCCCCUCUCGCGAGAACCCCUCCGACCAAAACCAGCAUUUCCGUUCCCUGGAUGCUACCAGUACUCCUGCAAUACCUCCCUCGUUCGCAUUCCGAACAAACCAUACAUCCUUACCAACGCCGUCUCCUUGUCGUCGGACGAUAUGCUUGUCAAUGACAUCUAUGUCAGUGAAGACAGCACGAGACGGAUUGCUCUCCGCAAUGCCAAGGCAGGCAUCGUCCCAGCCGUUGACGAUUCCGAAGACCUCCGUACGUCAUACAGCGUCACCAGUUCUGUUGGUCGCGAGCUCGUGAGACAAGGGAUGCCCGUCGUCAACGUUGACGAUUCAGAGAACGGAUCAGCACGAUCUGUUGGCUCUCAACGCACUCAGGACAUUCAGGUAACCCGCCACGAAGGACAUGGAGAAGUUGGCGGCGGCACCGGUGAUCUCAAUGCCAAAGCGAUGGAGUGCGUCGACGAGCAGCCCAGUGUCGUCAAAUUGAUACCUGGAGGACCUCUGUUGAACGAUGGGCCACCUCAGGCUGCCGCCAGAGACGAAAUGCCGCAUAGCGCCGUCGAGGGCUGCCCCGCAAACACAUCAGAUUGUCCGACUGCGGCUAGCGGAUCCAUCGUACCAUGCCCUAUAACUGCGGACAUAAACGCUGGAGGGUUGUUGCUCGAGAGCUCGUCCGUAGGCUCAAGCCACAUCUCCCAAUCUGACGGACGUUCAAGCUCAGCGCAUUCAAUGAUACGGUCAUGCAGUGACUCGGAUUGCCAUCGUUCGGCAAGCCUGUCAACCUCAGAUGUCCUACAACGGAUAUUCGUCAACGACCCGAACGAGGAUCGGAUUGUGAUACCCCUUGUGUCGGUCUCCGUGGAUCUGACAGAGGUAUGUGAGGUCAGUGAUCCCAGGGCUUUUCUUCAGGAGGUGGCGCAGAUUGUGCGGGUGAUACAGGAGCAUCGGGCUAGCCAUGCCUAUGCCCCUGCACCGACCGAAGCCAGAGCAACGGCGAGUCCAGUGGGUGGAUCAUGGGCUGAUCUCGCCGAAGAAGCCUUGUCUGUGGAAGGUCACAAUGUCGCUGGCAAUCGACGUCAAAAGUUCAACGACGUGUAUAAUCGUGCCCGAUCGGGUCUCAAAAGAAAGGCGAAGCUAGCCCGGCGCCGCUGCCUUAUUUUCUCCAAGGUCGUCAAAGCCCUUUGUACGUGUGCUUUCACAAUUCGUGUCGUCGUGAUCUUGGACACAGAUUAGUCUACGCUCAUCAUGAUGCGGGCGUCAUCAUAGUUAUCUGCCGUCACUGCUUUCGACUCAUUGUCCCGGUACUGCAGCACCCAGUGUACCUCUGCAUGUCUUACAGACGUAGAUGUUGCUUUGCCCAUAUUAGUAUUUCUUUCCUUCAUGUCUCUUUUCUGGUGUUUCCGUGCUGUCAUAGAUUAGUCUUUUGGGCUAAGUAGUGGUCUCACUGACUAUGUUUUGGGCUGCGAUCACGCGUACGGGUAGUAUGAGCGCCUAUUGCAGUCACGCUACAUGAGCGA